UGAGUUUCAAAGAAAACCUAAUAAUUACUUAGUCUUGAUAUUCUCUCUUGCGUUGAUCAUUGCAUUUGAUUGCAUGAUGAUGAGUUCUAGAGCUAGUAAGCUUGUUUCUUCCUCCCUUUUGGCAGCUUCAAAAUUGUUACUUAAAUCUUCUUCUUCUGCUCCUCCACUUCAAACUACAGCUCUUGUUGGCUCAAUGGUCCCUAAAGUUCAAGGCCCGAAGCACAGUUCUGGUUUCCCUAGAUCAUACAUGUCAGCUACCUUAGCUUCUCUGGCCAAGGAAGAGGAAGUGCCAAGUAAAGGCAUUAAUACACUCAGAGCAAUUGAAGACCAACAUGGGGGAGUUAUUGUAAACAUUGAGAACCCUAUGGAUUCCUCAGUUUUCUCUUCUUUGCUUGAAGCUUCAAUAUCACAAUGGAGGGAACAGGGAAAGAAGGGAGUGUGGAUCAAGCUGCCCAGAGAACAUUCAAAUCUUGUGGAUUCUGCAGUUAAGGCUGGAUUCCGAUUCCACCAUGCUGAACCAGAUUACUUGAUGCUCGUGAAUUGGAUUCCCAAUACUCCCGAUACACUUCCUGCAAAUGCUUCGCACCGCGUUGCUGUUGGUGCUUUUGUCAUGAAUGCCAAUAGGGAGGUGCUUGUGGUUCAGGAGAGCAAUGGCAGGUUUAGUGGCCAAGGAAUCUGGAAGUUGCCUACCGGAGGCGUUGAUGAAGGUGAAGAUAUUUGUACUGCUGCAGUUAGAGAAGUCAAAGAAGAGACAGGGAUAGAUACAAAGUUUGUGGAGGUCAUAGCAUUCAAGGAAAGGCAUAAAUCUUUCUUCCGAAAAUCAGAGUUGUUCUUCAUUUGCAUGUUGCAACCUCAUUCCUUUAAAAUUCAGAGACAAGUUUCAGAAAUUGAGGCAGCUCAGUGGAUGGCAAUUGAGGAUUACAUGGCCCAGCCUUUUGUCCGAGAAAAUGAGCUAUUUGACUUUCUUACCAAAAUAGGGUUAUCAAAAUUUAAUGGCAAAUACAGUGGCUUUUCCACCGUACUCUCUAGCACUUCCUCUUGCAAGAAAUCUUACUUUUACUUCAACAACAACGACGCUGGUCACAUUUAGCUUCCAAACUUUAACAAUUUGGGACGUUAAUUUCUUGCAAAUUGCAAGCUUGACUUAUUGGCCUCCAUUAUUUAGCACUCACUUAAUUUUAAUUAUUAAGUGUUGUUAGCAUUGUACAUAGAUCUCGACAUCCACACACAAGUUUGAAAUCAUAGGCAUUUUUUUUUUCUUCCAAACCGUGUAAGGAGAUAGGAAAAAUUAAUUAAUUUUUUCAAUUUACAAUUUGUUCAUUUUAUUAAGUCUUUCAUUCAUACUCAUAGGAGGAGGACUGGUGAUUUUUUUUUAGUUCUUUAUUACAUCAAAAGCCAAGUGUCAACUGUAGUGUUGUCAUACUUUGGGAUUGUAAUAAUUGCUAUUUCAUAGCCCACCAUUAAUGGAAGAAAUAAGAAUUUCAUUAUAAUUUUAUUA